CGAAGCUUUUUUACGAGCGUCCGAUUCUUCUACCAUAAAUCGCGUUGAUCAAACGUGGAGGGAGGGGAACCAAAAAAAGGGAUCUUAACAGAGAGAAGAGCGUUGAUCAUUCGAGAGAGUGCAAGAGAAAUGGAAGGGGGAAGCACGAAGAAGAAGAUAAUGAUUGCGAUCGACGAGAGCGAGUGCAGCCAACAUGCUCUGCAAUGGGCUCUCGACAACUUGGGCCACACCAUCGCCGCCUCCGAGCUCAUCGUCUUCUCAGUCCAGCUUUCAUCUGACUACGGCUCCGUUUAUGCUGCUACUUUUGGAGCUGCCCCUCCGGACUUGAUUAGAAGCCUCGAAGAAAAUCGCAAGAAGUUCACUUUAGCCCUACUAGAAAAGGCUAAGGAAAUGUGCUCUCAGCUUGGGGUUAAUGCAGAGACGGUGGCAGCAGUUGGGGAUCCUAAAGAGGAAAUUUGCAAGGCAGUUGAUAAACUCAAUAUCCAGUUGCUUGUGUUGGGCAGCCAUAGCCGUGGAGCCAUAAAAAGGGCGUUUCUGGGUAGCGUCAGCAAUUAUUGUGUUCAUAAUGCAAAGUGCCCCGUCCUUGUGGUGAAGAAACCAGCUUGACCUGUCAGCAUCUACCAUCUCCUAUCUGAAGCGUAAAGUCAAGAAAGUUCAGCAGCAGCUGGUACCCUGUUGCAAGCAAUAACCAAUUCGUGCGAUUGAUGGGGGGGAUGGAACUUGUCGUUGCCGAGGCUGUUGCAACAGUUCAACGAACCCCCAGUGUUGUUUCAUCACUUCAUCACAAUGUCAAAUAUUGAUGUCUCCCACCGUGAUACAUGUUUAAGACUCUGUACUAUACUUGCUGUAUCAGCCCUCAAAUCUUCACGCUUUGUGCAUUCUCCAA